UGUUGUUGUGUGUCCUCUGGCUUCAUAAACAUUCUGUGGUAUGUAGAAAGCUGUGGGGUUGUUAAAAGGGCUGUCUGUACCAUCUCUUUGUUAGGGCUGGUUCAGGGUCACGUCCUACGUAAGUAGUCCAUCCCAGUCUUUCACCAGGAGACACACAUCCACCCCACCAGUCCUAGCUGUAUGAUUGAGGCCCAGCGUAAUGCCAUCCCUUCCUCUCUGUUAGCUUCCCUAGGUCAGAGUUCAACCCAGAGCAGCCAGACUAGAGUGAGUUGUGUGAGAGAGAGUUAGGCAGGGGUGUCAGGAAGCAGCGUACCAGUCACCCGCCCUCUGACCCCCCCCCCCCCCCCCCAGCCAGGCAUGGUCCAAUCCGGUGAGUUAUCGUCCACUGACAGAAGGGGAAGUGCCAGUUCAGCACAUCAGCAUUCAGGGGAGCAUAAUAGCACAACUAUGACGAGUUCAGUCAGAGUUUAGUGGUGGUGGUCAGAUUAGUAUGUUUUGAUGAAUAAGCAGUAGGGGGAACUCAACUCCCAACACAUUCAGUUCAGCUCAUGUGGAUAGAGACAUCAGUGUUUACGCACAAGCUCCCCCCUGUGAACUUGACACUGCUGCUCCUCACCGUAUGCCCUGCUUUACUGUGAGCUCUGCCUGGAAUGAGGGGUGACAGAAGGGCCGGCAGGCUGGAGCUCGGAGGGUGGGGGUCGGGAGGGGUCAGCUCAGUCCCCUGGAAUCCCAGCCGUGUGAAGCGUACCACAGCCACCCGCCACUCCUCUCACCCCACUAUUAAAUCAUUACAACUCCCAGAGAUCCCCCGAACCGACAAACGCAGGAACGGCCGGCAAUUGACCCCGACCCCUGAAUUCCAACCCUCCUGAGUGGCCGAACACAGGGGCAGUACAUUUCCCAUGGGGUCAGACGGAAGAGAGGGAGAGUGUGUGUGUGUGUCCCUUACCGUUGAGCUACACACAAACAUGAACACAGAACGUGUGUAAAAGUCCACCUUCCUUUCCCUCCGUGGUCCACUGGCUUUCUCUCUUGGCUCCUUUAUUUGCGUCACAACCCCUGUCUCACUUUUCACCAGGUCUCCCCUGUUGGCACAUAAGAGACUUGUUAUUGUCGUAGCUAUGAAUGUCCCAGUGCAGCUUUCUCCUGUAUGUAGGGAGCACUGUAUAAGUGGAACACGUGGAGGUGAGAACCAUUCAGGUCCGUACUGACAGCCCUCUCACCUUAGGUUCCUGUUUAUGGAUCAUCUCAAGUCUCAGAGGAGGAGUGCUGAUCUCGGAUCAGUUUAGCCUUUUAGAUCAUAAUGGGAAAAUACAUAUUCAGUGGACAGGGGGGGGGGGGACCUGAUCCUAGAUCAGCACACCUACUUAGAGGCUUGUAUGACUAAACGCAAUAGAGGAGCAAGACGGUAAAGCUGUCAGAUCUCUUGUUUCACUAAUUCCUCGGGGAGGUUGAUAAUCUCUCCGUUGAGUUUGUUUGGUAUGUUUAGCAGCGUUAAGAGUUUGGAGGUCAUGGCGUGUUUUUUUCACGUAGGCUGCUGGAGCCCCUGGCUUUAAGAGAUGAGAGUUACACUCACACACACUCCAUCAUGAACACACACACAGAGUUAGUUUCCAUGUGAGGGGCUUUGGGGCCAGCUGGGCCCAGGAUUGAGAUGUAGUAGAGAGGCUGUUAAGGGGCUUUUAGGUGCUGUGCCUUUUCCUUGGCAGCACUGAGCAGCAAAUAUGUAGCUUUGUAGUUUAGCCUCCCCCUGUGUUCCCAGAGAGAGAUUCCAAGAAAUUCCACUUCAUCUUUUUUUUGUCUGACUGACCUGAUCGUGAUGGGAGUCUGGAUGGUGACUCAUUCAACACUUAAUACACACACAGCCCACUUAUUCAAGACUCAUAUUGUACCCUUCAAUUCUCCCUUGGCUCUGAUGGACUGGUAGAUGUCCUGACGUCACUACUACCGAGACUUUACGCCACUACCGAGGAUUUAUCUGGGCUCAAAGUCCUAAUGCCUUUGUUUCACACCAACUUCAAACCCUCUGCAGAGGAUGGAUUGUUCUGGUUUAUUUAUCUCUCUGCUUCUUCUGGUGUGUAUGUGUGUGUGUGAGAGAUGGGGAUUAACCUACCGCAGCUUGGAAACAGAUUGGAGUGACUCGCACUCACAGCAGCACCCCCACACUGGUUAAGAGUGAGGCGUUGUGAGUAUCUUUGUGUAAAAGUAGUCAUGAUUACAAUGACUGUGUUGUCUUCUGUGUGUGACUCUCUCUCUCUGUGGGCCUCUAGUGACUGGACUUGGAAGUCCCUACCCUAGAGACUUAACCCUGACAAAGGGGGCGUUCGUUACACACACACACACACACAUGCACACACAUGGUGUAUGAUAGUCUAAUGCAGGUAAUUGGAGUCAGGGAUAGCCUCACUGCCACUCAGCCAGGCUCUUUCUUUCCCUUUCAGAAAUAUGCAUCUUGGAUUAAGAGCAAGGGAUCCCUGCACUGGCGAAAGCUGUGUGUGUGUGUGCGUGCGUGCGUGCUUGCGUGCGUGCGUCUGUCUGUCUAAUCAAGGCAAAGUAGAAUGUGGCGUUGGGGAAGUCCAGCUCUGUCCAGUGUGUAUCCGUGCCCUGCCUCUCCGGGAUGCUGAGUCGGGACUGGGAGUGAGCUGGACGUCUAUGGACAGCAGAGCUGGUCGCUAGUCCCAGCAGCACCCCACUUCACCCCAGGAUAUUCCAGAGAAGCUGAAAUAAAGGGAAAACCAUUCAAGGCAAAAUACACAAUCUGGUACAGGUUGUGUCCCCACUGGUGUUUGUCAUAGAAGCAGCAUCCCCCCUGGCCCAGCCACACCUCUCUCUCUAUGAUAUCCCUCAUCCCCUGAUGGGCACCUCAUCACACCGUGUCACAAGUCCACCGUCGUCGCUAACAACCACACCACGCCCCUAACCACCGGCCAUCGCCAUGGAGAUGAAACAGUCAAUGAUGGUGGACAGAGAGAACGAAGGAGGAGAGAAAGAGAAAGGGGAGGAGUCAUCGCAGGAGAACGGCAGACUCAUGCUGGCUGACGGAGGGGUGGCAGAGAAGGGGGGCCCCAAAGUGAACUCUGGUGGGGGGUCAGGAGGGGUGUCCAACGGGUACCCCACGUCCACAGCACCGAGCCCCAAGGAGGGAGCGGGGGGUGUACCCGCAGGGGCCCUCAGGACUCUGGUGGUCCAGCAGACCAGUCUGGACCAGCCCCGGGAGACCUGGAGCAAGAAGAUGGACUUUCUGUUGUCUGUGAUUGGCUACGCCGUGGACCUGGGAAAUGUGUGGCGCUUCCCCUACAUCUGCUACCAAAACGGAGGAGGUGCCUUCCUGCUGCCCUACAUGUUGAUGGCGGUAUUCGGCGGCGUGCCUCUGUUCUACAUGGAGCUGGCACUGGGGCAGUUCCACCGCAGUGGCUGCAUCUCCAUCUGGAAACACAUCUGCCCCAUCUUCAAGGGUAUCGGCUUCGCCAUCUGCAUCAUAGCGCUGUACAUUGCGUUCUACUACAACACCAUCAUGGCGUGGGCCCUGUACUACCUGCUGGCGUCGUUCCGGCCCACCCUCCCCUGGACCACGUGCUCCAACCCCUGGAACACGGUCAACUGUCUCCGCUACCUGUCCACCGACAGCAACGUCACCUGGACCAACACGUCCACCUCGCCCGCCGAGGAGUUCUAUACGCGUCAGGUACUGCAGGUGCACAUGUCUCCAGGUCUGCACCAGCUUGGCAGUGUGAGUUGGCAGCUGGCUCUCUGCCUCCUGUUCAUCUUCACCAUCGUCUACUUCAGCAUCUGGAAGGGAGUCAAGACCUCUGGCAAGGUGGUGUGGGUGACAGCCACCUUCCCCUACCUUGUCCUGCUGGUGCUGCUCGUUCGUGGGGCCACUCUGCCCGGGGCCUGGAGGGGCGUGGUCUUCUACCUCAAACCUGAUUGGGGGAAACUACUGAGCACCACAGUAUGGAUUGAUGCAGCAGCUCAGAUUUUCUUCUCUCUGGGGCCAGGUUUCGGGGUUCUCCUGGCCUUUGCCAGCUACAACCCCUUUCACAACAACUGUUACAAGGAUGCAUUGCUGACCAGCUCUGUGAACUGCCUGACCAGUUUCCUCUCUGGGUUUGUCAUCUUUACCGUGCUCGGCUACAUGGCUGAGAUGCGCAAAAUAGGUGUGGAGACCGUAGCCAAGGAUGCUGGUCCCAGUCUGCUGUUCAUCAUCUAUGCUGAAGCCAUUGCCAACAUGCCCGCUGCCACCUUCUUCGCCAUUAUCUUCUUCCUCAUGAUCAUCAUGCUGGGGCUGGACAGCACGUUUGCCGGUCUGGAGGGGGUGAUCACAGCCAUGCUGGAUGAGUUCCCCCAGUUGUUGUCUAGGAGGAGGGAGUGGUUUGUCCUGGGCCUGGUGUGUGUCUGCUACCUGGGAGCGCUCUCCACCCUCACCUACGGAGGUGCGUUUGUGGUGAAAUUGUUUGAGGAGUACGCCACGGGACCUGCUGUCAUCACUGUCGUCUUCCUAGAAGUCAUCGCCGUUUCCUGGUUCUACGGCACAAGUCGUUUCUGUGCUGAUGUCCAUAUGAUGCUGGGCUUCUCUCCUGGAUUGUUCUGGAGGGUGUGCUGGGUGGCCAUCUGCCCAAUCUUCCUACUGUUCAUCAUUGUCAGUUUCCUGGCAUUCCCCCCGGAGGUCAAGUUGUUUGACUACGUCUACCCACCUUGGACCACUGUUCUGGGCUACUGCAUCGGAGUGUCCUCCUUCAUCUGUGUACCAGCCUACAUGGUGUACCACCUGCUUACUGCCAAAGGGACCUUUAAACAGCGUCUCCUGAAGGGCAUCACCCCUGUACCCAGUGGGCCUCACAGUGACAUUAUCAUCACCCACGCCGUCUGACCCAGUGGUCUGACCAGGCCCGGUGGACUACACCCCCCUCUGCUGGACAUAGAGCACAACUGCAGGACGGGGAGGGUUCGUCCCUUCCCCCGCUUCUCCUCCAGAACCCCCACAGCAGACUUCAGCACUAAGGCACCCCGUCCAUCCCACUGACCCCAGGGGUGAGGUGGAGUGCCGGGCCACACUGUCUGCAGCGUCCCACCCCUCCUCCCGUCAUCUCCCUCCUGGCUCAUUCUGUUAGCUAACCGUUAGCGGUUAAUGGCGUCACUGUUUUCAUACUGGCCCAUGCCGGUCAGAGCAUUUCAACCACCAGACAGAGGGUUUUAGAUGCCACAGCACAAUGACAUGUGUACUGUUACAAUUGGAAUCCAUCCAUUCAGUAUGAUUCAUAAACAUACACACACUCUCUUCCUUGUCUCUGUUCUGUCAGGUCCACUUUUAUAUCACAAACAUCUCACGGCUUCAUUUGACCUUCGAUCCUUGUUUCAUGAGUUCUGCUUUCAGAUAUUUAGCCGGACAUUGACUGCAAAAUCCAGGAAUCUUUUUACAUGUCUAAAUGAAGCCAAAUGUUCCAUGGAUAUUUCUACAGGUAUUUCCAGAUGUGAGCUGUUGUCAUGUUUUAGGAUGACUUGGUGGGAGGUUGUCAGUGUUUCUGAAUGGGAUGGCUGAACCUAUGAAGGGCCUUGAUGAAUGUCAGAGCGUCUCCACACGGUGAAGCGCUGUAUGUUGGUGUAGUAUGACGCACUGCAGUACUGAUUAUGCUCUGUAAGCAUAUCCAGGUUGUUGGGGAACAUAGAGACAAGUUCAGAAGAGAACACAGGGCUUUGUCCAGUCGUAUGUGGGGGGAUUCUUGAGUUGCAGUAUGGAAGGCUCUGGUGUGUGUGUGUGUGUGUGUGUGUGUGUGUGUGUGUGUGUGUGUGUGUGUGUGUGUGUGUGUGUGUGUGUGUGUGUGUGUGUGUGUGUGUGUGUGUGUGUGUGUGUGUGUGUGUGUGUGUCAGAAAAAAAAUGAAGGAACAUGGGAAGAAGCUACCCUGUGCAGAUUAGAAGGAGUCGUGGGUUAUAUUAUUGCAAUAUAUAUAUUUAUUUUAAAUAAUAAUUAUUGCUGUCAAAUCUAUGUAUGCUUUCAUGUCAUUUACCAAAAAUUGACAUGCUGAUUUAGUUUAAUUUAGUUUCUUAAUAUGUAAAACACCAUUUACAUGUUAAUUACUUAUAGUGGGAACCAAAUAUCGAUCACAACUAUUUUCACUUCCAUCGCUCAGUCCUCAAGGUUAUGUCUGAAACAGGUAUCAUCUGUCUUUACUCUCUACCAAAUCAUCUGUUGUGUGUUGGAAUGGGAGUAAAAAUAUGGCAUGUACGUGUGUAUUAAGUGAGUCUUGGUAUCGGUGUAUGUCUCUUUGUUCUGUGAAUACCUGUCUACUCUCUUGAACGCAUUACUGUAUGCCUGUGCGUGCCUCAGACCUGGGUUCAAAUACUAUAGGGAAUCUUUCAAAUACUUUGUGUUUGUUUUAGCCUGUCUAGUGCCAGAUGGGAGGGGUUUGUUUCACUCUGUCUAGUGCCAGAUGGGCGGGGUUUGUCUAGUGCCAGAUGGGAGGGGUUUGUUUUAGCCUGUCUAGUGCCAGAUGGGAGGGGUUUGUUUUAGCCUGUCUAGUGCCAGAUGGGAGGGGUUUGUUUUAGCCUGUCUAGUGCCAGAUGGGAGGGGUUUGUUUUACUCUGUCUAGUGCCAGAUGGGAGGGGUUUGUUUUAGCCUGUCUAGUGCCAGAUGGGAGGGGUUUGUUUUAGCCUGUCUAGUGCCAGAUGGGAGGGGUUUGUUUUACUCUGUCUAGUGCCAGAUGGGAGGGGUUUGUUUUAGCCUGUCUAGUGCCAGAUGGGCGGGGUUUGUCUAGUGCCAGAUGGGAAGGGUUUGUUUUAGCCUGUCUAGUGCCAGAUGGGCGGGGUUUGUUUUAGCCUGUCUAGUGCCAGAUGGGAGGGGUUUGUUUUAGCCUGUCUAGUGCCAGAUGGGAGGGGUUUGUUUCACUCUGUCUAGUGCCAGAUGGGAGGGGUUUGUUUUAGCCUGUCUAGUCCCCGAUGGGAAGGGUUUGUUUUAGCCUGUCUAGUGCCAGAUGGGAGGGGUUUGUUUUACUCUGUCUAGUGCCAGAUGGGAGGGGUUUGUUUUAGCCUGUCUAGUGCCAGAUGGGAGGGGUUUGUUUUAGCCUGUCUAGUGCCAGAUGGGAGGGGUUUGUUUUACUCUGUCUAGUGCCAGAUGGGAGGGGUUUGUUUUAGCCUGUCUAGUGCCAGAUGGGCGGGGGUUUGUCUAGUGCCAGAUGGGCGGGGUUUGUCUAGUGCCAGAUGGGAAGGGUUUGUUUUAGCCUGUCUAGUGCCAGAUGGGCGGGGUUUGUCUAGUGCCAGAUGGGAAGGGUUUGUUUUAGCCUGUCUAGUGCCAGAUGGGCGGGGUUUGUUUUAGCCUGUCUAGUGCCAGAUGGGAGGGGUUUGUUUUAGCCUGUCUAGUGCCAGAUGGGAGGGGUUUGUUUUAGCCUGUCUAGUGCCAGAUGGGAGGGGUUUGUUUUAGCCUGUCUAGUGCCAGAUGGGAGGGGUUUGUUUUAGCCUGCCUAGUGCCAGAUGGGAGGGGUUUGUUUUAGCCUGCCUAGUGCCAGAUGGGAGGGGUUUGUUUUAGCCUGUCUAGUGCCAGAUGGGAGGGGUUUGUUUUAGCCUGUCUAGUACCAGAUGGGAGGGGUUUGUUUUAGCCUGUCUAGUACCAGAUGGGAGGGGUUUGUUUUAGCCUGUCUAGUCCCAGAUGGGAGGGGUUUGUUUUACUCUGUCUAGUACCAGAUGGGAGGGGUUUGUUUUACUCUGUCUAGUACCAGAUGGGAGGGGUUUGUUUUAGCCUGUCUAGUCCCAGAUGGGCGGGGUUUGUUUUAGCCUGUCUAGUCCCAGAUGGGCGGGGUUUGUUUUAGCCUGUCUAGUGCCAGAUGGGCGGGGUUUGUUUUAGCCUGCCUAGUGCCAGAUGGGAGGGGUUUGUUUUAGCCUGCCUAGUGCCAGAUGGGAGGGGUUUGUUUUAGCCUGCCUAGUGCCAGAUGGGAGGGGUUUGUUUUACUCUGUCUAGUGCCAGAUGGGAGGGGUUUGUUUUAGCCUGUCUAGUGCCAGAUGGGAGGGGUUUGUUUUAGCCUGUCUAGUGCCAGAUGGGCGGGGUUUGUUUUAGCCUGUCUAGUGCCAGAUGGGAGGGGUUUGUUUUAGCCUGUCUAGUCCCAGAUGGGCGGGGUUUGUUUUAGCCUGUCUAGUGCCAGAUGGGCGGGGUUUGUUUUAGCCUGUCUAGUGCCAGAUGGGCGGGGUUUGUUUUAGCCUGUCUAGUGCCAGAUGGGCGGGGUUUGUUUUAGCCUGUCUAGUGCCAGAUGGGAGGGGUUUGUUUUAGCCUGUCUAGUGCCAGAUGGGAGGGGUUUAUUUUAGCCUGUCUAGUGCCAGAUGGGAGGAGUUUGUUUUAGCCUGUCUAGUGCCAGAUGGGCGGGGUUUGUUUUAGCCUGUCUAGUGCCAGAUGGGCGGGGUUUGUUUUAGCCUGUCUAGUGCCAGAUGGGAGGGGUUCGUUUUAGCCUGUCUAGUCCCAGAUGGGCGGGGUUUGUUUUAGCCUGUCUAGUGCCAGAUGGGAGGGGUUUGUUUUAGCCUGUCUAGUGCCAGAUGGGCGGGGUUUGUUUUAGCCUGUCUAGUGCCAGAUGGGCGGGGUUUGUUUUAGCCUGUCUAGUGCCAGAUGGGCGGGGUUUGUUUUAGCCUGUCUAGUGCCAGAUGGGAGGGGUUUGUUUUAGCCUGUCUAGUGCCAGAUGGGAGGGGUUUGUUUUAGCCUGUCUAGUGCCAGAUGGGAGGGGUUUGUUUUAGCCUGUCUAGUGCCAGAUGGGCGGGGUUUGUUUUAGCCUGUCUAGUGCCAGAUGGGAAGGGUUUGUUUUAGCCUGUCUAGUGCCAGAUGGGAGGGGUUUGUUUUAGCCUGUCUAGUGCCAGAUGGGCGGGUUUUGUUUUAGCCUGUCUAGUGCCAGAUGGGCGGGGUUUGUUUUAGCCUGUCUAGUGCCAGAUGGGCGGGGUUUGCGACUAUUCUAUUUGUUCUAUUGAACCAGGCAAUCAAAUCUGAAGUAUUUGAAAGGAUUUCAAAUAGUAUUUUAACUCAGGAUUGUUGGACGUGUGAGCGUGCAUACCUUGCGUGUGUAUGUGCAAGCGUGCAUACAUGAGUGUGUGCGUGUGUACAUUAUGAACAGAAGUAGCAGUGUCGGACUUUAUGAGUGUGUGCAUGCCAAUGUGUGUAACCUGUGCUUCAACUUGUGUCUGUGAAGUUACCUUCUCUCGUGUUGUACUUCGCCAAAAUAUCCAAUGAAGAUGAUGUUAAAAUCGCUACCUUGUACCUCUCGAGCCUACAUAAUGUAUGAUCUAUGUACGUCUGUAAAAGAUUCUAUUGAGAAAUAAACCUGUAUAGAAGAAAGAUAUAAAUAUAUAUGAAUUAAUAGAUAAAUAAAGUUAAGAUGUAAAUGA